CUUCCGCCUCUUUUGCCGGAAGUUGCUCUCAGAGCUAGCGUGCGGUCUUUGUCAGCUUCCACCAUGGCGUACCGCGGCCAGGGCCAAAAAGUGCAGAAGGUGAUGGUGCAGCCCAUCAACCUCAUCUUCAGAUACUUGCAAAAUAGAUCUCGGAUUCAGGUGUGGCUUUAUGAGCAAGUGAACAUGCGGAUAGAGGGCUGUAUCAUUGGUUUUGAUGAGUACAUGAACCUCGUAUUAGAUGAUGCAGAAGAGAUUCAUUCUAAAACAAAGUCAAGAAAACAACUGGGUCGGAUCAUGCUAAAAGGAGAUAAUAUUACCCUGCUCCAAAGUGUCUCCAACUAGAAAUGAUCAAUGAAGUGAGAAAUUCUUGAGAAGGCCAUGUAGUUUGUUUUUUUUUAGAGGUCCUUUGUUGGGAGUAUAGUUCUAAAACAUUUGUUCCUAUUGUUUUGAUUACCUUUAUGUUAUUACCAGAUGACAAUAAAUGCUGUGGGAUUGUUUUUAUUUAAA